CAGGCAGAGACAGUAGACUCAGGAAACACAUUCAGGUCUGUUUUCAAAAUCUCUGGAAGAAAUGAAAAGAAAGAGGACACAGAAAGACAAUUAAGGAAAGGGGAGACAAUAGAAAGGUGGACUAACUAACUUAUGACCUCUGAGGCUGUGGAGAUUUUUGCUUAAGAACAGAAGAGAUUUGUAAGUCAGACUAAAUGCGACUCAACAUGUAGAUGUUCUGCAGGUUUCUGGUUAAAUUUUCCCCCUGCCCAGAAUUUUAUAAUUUACCCUUUUCUCGUGACAAAAACAGAGCUCAAUGUUUUUCUUUUGUUGUUUUUUUUGGGAGAAAUCUGAGGGAUGCGUCUGAGAGAAAGAUGCAGAGCAGAGAAUUCUGACAUGGUGUCGACCCAAAUUGACAGAGACGAGGAAAGAGUGGACUGUUCAGUGGCAGACACGUCUCCAACCAGACACAGCGUGUCAGUCGGACACUUUGUGGCUUGUGUUACUGUGUGGAAAAAAAAAUGUGUAGGCUUUGUCUAAAGAGAAACUACAUGGAGGAGGAGGAGGAGACAGACAUCUUGCCUGUCAGAGACUGAAAAAAGGAGCAUCAGGCCAACGACAGACACAACUGUGGCUGUGAACAGACAUUUAAGUGCUUCCUGAAUCAAAGCGAGGCAGGGGUCGUCCUGCUCUCAGAUAUACAAAAAGAGACAAAGACUUGAGUGGAAGCCAAGCUGAUUAUUGAUUGUUGCUAAAACUGAGUGCUCUACCCACCUGGACGGCACAGACUCAGCCCGCUUCAGAGGGCGAGAACAGACAAUAACCUCCACUAAAAGGAGGUAGCAAUACCCAGAGAGAGAGAUAGAGGCAGGGAUUCUUCCCUCUCUCUCUCUCGACCCAUCUCGUCAGCAGGCUGGCCGGGUCAGCCAUGGCAUUCACCUUUGCGGCCUUCUGCUACAUGCUCACCUUGGUGCUGUGCGCCGCUCUCAUCUUCUUCGUCAUAUGGCAGAUCAUUGCAUUUGAUGAGCUCCGCACAGACUUCAAAAACCCCAUUGAUCAGAGCAAUCCCACCAGAGCGAGGGAAAGGAUUCUCAACAUUGAAAGAAUCUGCAACCUACUGCGCAGAUUGGUGGUACCGGAGUACUCCAUCCACGGGCUCUUCUGCCUGAUGUUCAUGUGUGCUGGAGAGUGGGUCACACUUGGCCUAAAUAUCCCACUGCUCUUCUACCAUCUGUGGAGGUUUUUCCAUCGGCCAGCUGAUGGGUCAGAGGUCAUGUAUGAUCCCGUCAGUGUGAUGAACGCCGACAUCCUCAACUACUGCCAGAAGGAGUCCUGGUGUAAGCUGGGCUUUUAUCUGCUAUCCUUCUUCUAUUAUCUCUACAGUAUGGUCUACGCCUUGGUGAGCUUCUAACAGGCAGAAUAUCUGGAGAAGUAAAAAGGAAGUAUCUGUAAGAAAGACACAGAGGGACAAAUGGAGACAUCAACAGCUCCUCUUUCCAUGUAUCCCUCCCAUCACUGGCUUGGGUUUUCUACAGUCCUACCUUGGAUAAAACAAGAAGACCAAUCUGAGUGAUAAUGUGAAUGUAAAAGCCUCCACUCGAUUAUAUCACUUUGACCUAGAUACUGCUGUCGGAGGACUGGACAAAGUCUGGAAGGAUUGAGACGAAACAGAGAGCGAGGACGCAGCAGGUGUGUUGCCUUUGACCCAUUAUAUGAAUUAACAAUAUAUUUCUGAAGGGCUGGAGUUUUGCCAUGCUGCUCUUACUGAUCCAGUCGCUCAACUCACUGUGAACCUCCAAACACUUAGGGGCUGGAAAACAAAAUGCUAUGUCUGUAUUCUUUGACUUUGAAAAUGUACUAAAGGCAGGAUUGUUUUGGUAUCAUUCCAUAUGUUUAAGAUGAUAGACACCUCUAAUAUCAAACCACUGCUUUGAUUGUGUUACAGGCACAUAAAUCUGUAAGACACAGGUUAAAUAAUACAAGAGGACUUCCACUGUAAGACAUGCAGAAGGCCUGUCAGGGGAAUAACACUUGUGUGCACUUCUAAUCAGGAUGGAGAUGUGCCAGCCUCUGCCAAAAGUCAAAUUCACAGUGUAAAAAAAAAGCAACAACAAGGAAUUAUUCAUAAGUUUGACCGCAAGGGUCUGUGCUUGUAAUGUGCAUUCAAAAUAAGUAUGUCCACAGCUGUAAGGACGCAUUUUAUGCUACAUGCUAGGUUCAUGCUUUCCAAAGAGCUUCAUGCUCCAACAUUUAAUGCCAAAAGUUAAUAUCUGGAGAAAAAAAAAUCAUUGUGCCAAAUUAAAAGUUAAUUAGGACACGUGAAAAUGAUGAGGCACUGUCAUCUUUAUUUUCACUUUCUGGCACAAUGUUUUUUUUCUUGAUAAAAAUAGACAAAAAAAUUAGUUCUGUCGUAUUUUCUAGUGUGCAGGGAGCGCCUUAUUCCUAUUUACAGUUUACUACUUACUCAUCCGCAUCUAUACUAUAGUCAUUUAAGCACAGCAACUGUUCUCUGAUCCGAGGUAGAAUUUAGAAAUCUCAUGUUCAAAAAGCAAUUAAAAACAGCAAUGUGAUAUGAUUCAUGAGACAUAUUGAUGCAGUGUUACUCAGUGUAUGUAAUAACAGUGAGUGGGACAGAUGAGACAACAAUGACUCUACGACAACAUUUCAGUUUUUCAGAAGUGAAAAGACAAUGAAGUCAUCUCAGUACGUCUACAAUCAUACAGUUUCAGAAGGGACAGACGUAAAAUGAGCAACAUUUGUAAACAGUGAAGCCUUUCCACAGCUGGUGCUGCCUUUGCUAUCAUAUGUUCAUUAGUUUGAGCUAUUAGUACGUAAGUGAUGGUUCAAAUGUGUGAUUUUAACAUCCGUAGAAAAACAGAAACUCUGGAGCCAGAAACAAACUGUGAUGUUUGUCAAACCUCGGCUCCACGUGUAGUGAAUGGUGGUUAUGAGACGUCUGGUAUUAAAACUGUGGGACUCGCUUAGAAAAAGUAGUUUCUAUUUAUGUCAAAAGAUUUACAGCUCAUAUUCACACUUCAGCCCGAGCUGAAGAUUCAACAGUAGUUGCGCCACUGAUAUGCAGGAUUCAUUUUCUUUCUUAAACAGGAAAAAUAUCUUAAAUUCAGAACACAGAUUAGUAAAUAUGACUGCUAUUACUACACAAAUAAUUUCUAUAUGAUAUUAUGAUAUAUGAUAGUUUUAACUGCAUUUCAAUUGGAAGGAAUCAAAAUAAUCAAAUAGCAAUAGGAGAGGGCCAGCAUAGUUCUAUAUUUUAAUUUGUGUCAAUAAAAUCCUGUGAAAAGAUUAAAAACCAACAAUGUGUUGAUAUUUUUGACCUCCCUAUCCUGUCUGUGAAAUUCAGCCAGGUUAAAAUUAAAAACAGGUUAAAAAUAUAAUGUUAAAAUAUAAAUCAUAUUUCUAAGCUGGGUAGUUUUAAGGAAAUGUCCCUUAAAGAGCAGUAAAUAUAGCAUUUCUUAAUACACAUUUGCGGCACCAGUGGGGCAGUGUAUGUGGGACUGAAUCAAAAUAAACUCCAGUGCUCAUGUUAACUGUAAUGAAGGAAGUCAAUGUGGCUCAUUUAUGUGCCACAGAGGAACAAGCUAGAUCAGUUCUUUGCUGCACUGUUGGUUUUAGUCUUAUACAGGAUUUGUUGACAAUAAGAAAUAUAAAAUAUCGCCAGUCUUAAUUUUUGGAAUAAGAGUCUUGUUCCGAAUUUAAAAAAAGGCACAAUGAGUAAGAUUUGUCUGUUGCAUUUUGUAAACACAACAUUCAGAGUUGCCCCUAUUUGUGACAUUUAAUCAGCCAGUGAAUAUAAUGAUCUAUCAUUAGCUAAAAAGGGCAUAGUAUUUGUGUCCAGGCAGGAAAAUUUAGCAAAUCUUAACGAGUUUCUGAUAACAGUAAAAGCCAGACUCAGACAUAGAAACGUCCCCAAAACAGCAAAAGAUAAAGAAAAACUGCUGUUGACCAUCUCACUAAUUAUUUAAUUUACUUCAUAGCAGAAGAAGUUUGAUUGCCCUGUGAAUUACAAGGCUGGGAGAUGGCUUAUUGAGGAGGAUUGUUUUUCUAUGUAUUGUUUAAAAAAAAAAAAAAAAAAAAAAUCAUACUCAUUGUGCCUUUAAAAAAGUGACGCAUACAUCGCUGAUAAUGUUCAAAAUGAAUCACAGUGACUUAUUCAUACUGUACAUUCAACAAGUCCUCCAGGUGCGACCUUAUAUGUCGUUUGUUGCCACCCUCAAAUACGAUCGACAGGAGAGAAAUAGCGGCUUACCAAUUUAAUUACAUUUAGGCAACCACUUCCCUAAGGUUAGCGCAAAAAGAGUAUAUGGUAAGGCAUUUCGAAUUUUGUUGACUUGAACCUCAGUGUCCUGGGUGAAAGCCCUGUUUCUGUUUAACCUUUGACCUUUUGAUGCUUUAUACUUUAUUUCCUCACAUCAACUUAAGCUUUUACACAAUGUUACAUCACGUUCACCUUGAUUAACAGUCACUACAGCCACUAAGGGCACCACUAACUCCAAACGUAAAUACAGGUGCAUCUCAAAAAAUUUGAAUAUCAUAGAAAGUUUAUAUAUGUCAGUAAUUCCAGUAAUCCAGUAAAUACCACAUUAUACAGAUCCAUUACACACAGAAUGAAACAAGGCCUUAAAUUCAGUGUCUCAAAAAUUGUUUUAAUAAAACAAAAGACCAAUUUUAAAACGUAUGUUUAAUAUGGAAAUGUUGGCCUCUGAAAAGUAUGUCCAUCUAUAUGCACUCAAUACUUGGUUGGGGUUGUUUGACUUGAACUACUGGAAAUGGACUUUUCCAUCAUAUUCUAAUUUAUUGAGAUGCACCUGUAUAGGUUGUAAUCUGGUGUUGUACAAAUGACACAUGGGGUCGUAUUUUGGGGGAGGACUAAGUCCAUUACAUAUGCUUUACCUUUCAGGAAGCUUCUUUCCUUCCAUUUAUCUAAAAAAAUCACAUGACAUUUUGUCUUGAGUGCUGCUACAGUAGUCGUUUGGUAUCAAUAUGUCUUACCAUAUUUGACAGAACCUUCUUGGAAGCGACAAAAAAAUCACAAACACACACACACACACACACACACACACACACACACACAUACACACAGUUUGUUUAAUGUUGUUGUUACUUAUUAAGGGUUUGGAGGGAGCAACUCAAACUGCUUGUGUGAUUUGAAUUUUAACCAAAUUACAACAUUUACUUGACUGAAGCAACUUUAAUCGUCUGUCAGUGUUCUUGAGGACACAGUUGACAGUACAUGCUGUGCCAAAUGAUGUUCCCAUGAAAGUAAUCACAGGACACUGAGACCUCAAAACUCUGCCAACAAUGUGAGCGUGGUGAGUCUGGACAAUCACUAUAAAAGCACAGGAACACAAGGAAAGAGGAGAAAUAUACAGCUCGGUUGAAUGUCAUUCUGUAGUUGCUCUUAACAAAGCAUUUUAGAAAAAAUGUAUUUAAGUAUAUCUAUUUGUAUCUGUCUUUUAUACAU